CGCUCCACGGUUCACAUCCGCUCGACUCGCUAUUUGUGUUAGAAAAAAAGGACUUUGUGAAACUGCAGCGAUGUCAGUCCAGGUUGUGGCAGCGAAAAUGGCAGAGGUCGAACUCAAAGACGUACCCACCGGCAAAGACUUACCGGCGGGUUCCCCGAUGACACCGACCUCGGAGGGCAAAACCCUGGGCAGAAACGACCCACAUGAGGCCGGUUCCUCCGCUGCUACGUCCCCUACAGCGGAGCCCUCCAAAGCCGGGGAAGGCAGCCUGGGUUUGCUGAACACGAACCCGGCGAAGAUGCCUCAGGCGUCGGCUUUGAAGCGGACAGACCCGCAGCAGAACGGCGGAGAGGCGUUUGUCAACCGGGACGGUACCGUGGCCGAGGCUCCGCGUAUGAAAAAGAUCCAGUUUGCGGACCAGAAGCAGGAGUUCAACAAGCGGCCCUCCAAGAUUGGCCGGCGCUCCCUGUCCCGCUCCAUCUCCCAGUCCUCCACAGACAGCUACAGCUCAGCGGCGUCGUACACGGACAGCUCUGACGAUGAGACGUCUCCUCGGGACAAACAGCAGAAGAACUCCAAGGGUAACGGAGACUUCUGCAUCAAAAACAUCAAACAGGCCGACUUCGGACGCAGAGAGAUCGAGAUUGCAGAGCAAGAGAUGCCGGCCCUGAUGGCUCUGAGGAAGCGAGCCCAGGGGGAGAAACCCCUCGCCGGGGCCAAGGUGGUGGGCUGCACCCACAUCACUGCCCAGACUGCUGUGCUGAUGGAGACCCUCUCAGCUCUGGGGGCUCAGUGUAGAUGGGCCGCCUGCAACAUCUACUCCACCCAGAACGAAGUGGCAGCUGCUCUGGCAGAAGGAGGUUUCAGUGUUUUUGCAUGGAAGGGUGAGUCAGAGGACGACUUCUGGUGGUGCAUCGAUCGCUGUGUCAACGUGGAAGGCUGGCAACCCAAUAUGAUCCUGGAUGACGGUGGAGACCUGACUCACUGGAUCUAUAAAAAGUACCCCAACAUGUUCAAGAAGAUAAAGGGCAUUGUAGAGGAGAGUGUUACCGGUGUGCACAGGUUGUAUCAGCUGUCCAAGGCGGGGAAGCUGUGUGUUCCAGCCAUGAACGUCAACGACUCGGUGACCAAGCAGAAGUUUGACAACCUGUACUGCUGCAGGGAGUCCAUCCUAGACGGCCUGAAGAGGACCACUGAUGUCAUGUUCGGAGGCAAACAGGUGGUGGUGUGUGGGUACGGAGAGGUGGGCAAAGGCUGCUGCGCUGCCCUCAAAGCCAUGGGCUCCAUCGUGUACGUCACAGAGAUCGACCCCAUCUGUGCCUUGCAGGCGUGCAUGGACGGCUUCAGGCUGGUGAAACUGAAUGAAGUCAUCAGACAAGUGGACAUCGUCAUCACCUGCACAGGCAAUAAGAACGUGGUGGUGAGAGAGUACCUGGACCGCAUGAAGAACGGCUGCAUCGUCUGCAACAUGGGACACUCCAACACUGAGAUCGAUGUGGCGAGCCUCCGGACUCCUGAGCUGACCUGGGAGAGAGUGCGCUCUCAGGUGGACCACGUCAUCUGGCCUGAUGGCAAGAGGAUAGUGCUGCUGGCUGAGGGUCGUCUGCUGAACCUCAGCUGUUCCACUGUGCCCACCUUUGUUCUCUCCAUCACCGCCACCACCCAGGCGCUGGCUCUGAUAGAGCUGUACAACGCCCCAGAGGGACGCUACAAACAGGAUGUUUACCUGCUGCCCAAGAAGAUGGAUGAGUAUGUGGCCAGCCUACAUCUCCCCACAUUCGACGCACAUCUCACAGAGCUGAGCGACGAGCAGGCCAAGUAUCUGGGCUUGAACAAGAACGGGCCCUUUAAGCCAAACUACUAUAGGUAUUAAACCAGUGUCGGCGUUUGACUGCAGAAAUACAAAUACUCCAUGAUUGGCACAGACUCAUAGAGGGGGAGGAGGAGGAGGAGGAGGAGGAGAACAGAAGGAAGGACACACCUGCUUUAUAUAUUGGGGGGGGAGGUAGGGGAGGAGCUCUGACUGAACCUGAGGAGGGGCCUGGGCUUAUCUUGCGUUAUGGCAGCCGUUUUAUUUAUUCUCGCUCGACAACAAUAAUGGUAAUUCUAAAUCUGUGGAGCUGCUCCCGCCAUUAGCCGUGAGCUAGCUCCGCGACGUCUUCUUCUGGAAGAUGUUUUUCUUCCUUUUUCACCACAAUUAUCUCUCUUUCUCUUUAAUCACUCGUUUGUAUGUCGACUUGUAUGUAAAUCCUCCAUCCACCCUCCCCUUCCCAUUGCCAGAUCUUUUAUUGUUUAACUAUUAAAGAUGAAAUUAUUGAUGCUUAAAAGAUAUAUACUAUAUAAAAACAAAAAACUUGAUUUAAGAAAAAAAAAUCUGUGUGAAUGAUGGCCGUUGAAGAUUCAGUGACGGACACUUUUCUUUCAUGUCCUAUUUUUGUUGUCUUCUCUUUUCUACCUGUGAUUUUGUUUUUCUCUUGCGUAAUAUUGAGAGGGCGGGGUUAAGAUCUAGUGGGCGGGGAUUAGGCGGGAUCUCAGGGUCCAAUCAUAUCAUGUCUUUUAUUUGAUCCUCCUCAUUGAGAUUCACCGUUGUGUCUGUUUUUAAACGGUUCUUUUUAUGUUUUCUGUCCUAUCCGAUCAGCCUGUAGUUUUUCAGAACUUUUCUUAGUAUGACUGGACCGGGUCUUCCCACCUGUCACUCAAAGCCACAGUGAAAACAUCUCAUUGGCUGCUUCUUUCUCGGCUUCCAUGCUCACAAGGCGCCUGUGUUGAAGUAUUUCCAUCUUGUGAGAGAUUUCAUUUAGUCUCUUCCUUUACCAAUACUGACUUUACUGUAUUAGAAGCAUGGCAGGUUGUCAGACCAUUAAAUACUGUAUAUUUAGAUAUUUAUAUUGAAGCAUUUUCUAUCCUUUUCUCUCCUGCGCCACCUCCUAUCAUUACUUUUCGAAAGGAAUCAUCAUAUGUCCUAAAGAUAAGCAAUUAAGUGUUCUGAUGAUAAGUGUAAUAAAUGUAUUUAAGCCCUCACUUUGAAUACUGUGACAGAAAAUAUUUAAAGAGAAACCAAAUGAGCAGCUAAUUGCUGCCUGGCCGGUACUUAAACAGAUCUUCAAUCAGGUCCUCAACAAAAAAAAUGUAUGUUUUUUUUUACAGUAUUUACCAUACACACUACAACUCUUUGGUACUCACUGAAAAAGUUCUGUUUAACAAGUAAGAAUUAUUCUCUCUUCAAGAAGCACAUUUACCCUCGCUGUAAAUCCACAUGAAUCUGCCUGUAAAUGGAAAUGUCCCCCCUUUUAAAAAAGAAAAAAAAAACUUGGCUUGCUAGCCUUGAAAUAUUUGAGUUUCUUCUUCCCCUCCUGAAAGGCUUAGAUUCUCUCCAGCUGACAUGACGGUGCAAAUUAGAAAGUCCUGACAGUCAUUUCAGCUGACAGCCAAGUUCUCCCCGCCCGCCGCAAUACUGGCUCUGCACCUGAACCCAUCAGGUGCUCUGCUAACCUGCUGAGAGACGCUGCCACCAUUCCCCUCACAGAGAGGGAUCACAUGCUUAAAAACACAUAUUCAGGUCUUGGAUCAUUUUACACAUUUCUAAUGAGAGGAAAUAGCACAAAAAGCUUUUUCAUUUACCAGUUUUGCUCAUUCAGACUAAAAAUAGGCACAGGUAAUGCAGUUUAUUUGCUGUGUAACACUGACUAGUAUAUUAACAAACUUUUUAACAUCAACAAAAGUCUUUUGAGAACUCUUAAGAAAAUGUAUGCCAGCAGCCAGUUAGCUCAUUUUAGCAUGAAGGUUAAAGGGCAACAUUGUCCAACUACAAACGCCUCUGAAAGUUGGGUUUGCUUUAAAAACAUUUUAAAAAUUAGCAAAACUUAAGUGAGCUUUAAAGAUGCUUGCAGCUAAAUUUUGUUCAUUUUGGACAAAGCCAGGGUAGCAGUUUUCCGCUGUUUACCGUCUUCGACCUAAGCUAACUGGCGGCUAUCCACAGCUACAAUUUUAGCAUACAGUUAUGAGUAGGAUUGAUCUUAUUAUCCAAGUUUCAACAAGUAUGUCAAUUAGAGUAUUUCCCAAAUGUCAAACUAUUCCUUAUUCAUUUGAUAAAAGCAAAUUAAAGUAUAAAGAAAUAUACAUUUAUAGGCGCGUAGUGACCUAGCAUACGCCCAAAGAUCCUACACUGUGUCACAGUGCACAACCUCAUUAUCACAAUGUGUGUGCAUUAAUGUCUCCUUGUGCAGUUGAGAAACCCUUCUUAUAGUCGUGCGACCUGUGCUCUUAAACCUGUUGUCUUACUUUACCCUUUUGUAGGUGUGAAUGUGUGUAUAACCUCUGGAGAGAAAGAUAAGGUGAUUAUAGAUGAUGAGGUGUGUGUGUGUGUGUGUUAAUGUCCUUCAGUGUUUUGAACACAUCUUUUCGUCUACAAUUGCUUUCCGUUAACAGCUGCCUCAGGAUCCUAUAGCCUGUGCGUUAGGGGGAGAAAGCAUUUUUUUAGUUUGGUCGUACGGGUGGGCGGGGGAAGACACCAGCAUCAUAUCUGUAUAUACUCUAUAUACAGAUAUGACAACCUUUAAAAGUAUAGGAAGGUAAAAGAAGAUCCACUCCUGUAUUUAUUGUUGUAAAUCCUAAUACAGUGCAAACUGGCAAAUUCUCAAACAUGUUUUAAGUUGUCGAUUAAAUAAAAAAAUACCCUAUGUUUAAAUAUUGCAAGUGAUAAUGGUAGAUGAUGAGCAAUAAUUUAAAACAUUCUGUAAUCUUACUGAAUAAAGAUGUAAAAAAACGGUAA